UUCUGGGACAAAAUUCUAACAGCUCAGUUUCUCAGUGUAUGCAGAAGGAGGAGGGCUGCUUCAGGAUCUUUAAGGAUCCCACAGCUACUCUUUGGGGCUAUAAGACGUUGGUGCUUCACCACACAGCAAAUUAAAACUCCAUUGACGCAUUAUUGCAUUACUGGACAUCUCUCCACUCCUCCGUUUGCGUUUUUUUUUAUCCCCCUCCCCGCACAUUUUUUCCCCCCGUUUUAUAUUUAUAGAUGUUGACAUUUAAUUAGUGGGGGAAAACUUUAUUGCAAUUAUGAUGGAGUUCAUAGAGGAUAAGUUUGCCUUGAAAAGCCAGGCGAUGAAGGCGAGCGAGUACUACAUGGACCAAGUCAUGGAGAGCCUGGACAGCGCGCCGUACUUCAACAAGCCUUCCCCGAAGUGCGCGCAGGCCUUCGGGCUGCAGGGCGCCGAGCACCGCUCCUCGCCCUGCGGAGACCAGAGCGCCAGUUACGGCGUACCGAAAACGGACGAGGACUCUCUGCGCUCGGAUCUGGCCAGGUCCAUCGACAGCUGCUGCUCGCUGCGGGCGUCCCCGGCGACCAGCGGGCCGGAGAAGAGCGAGCUGGACGACGCGGGGGACAAGUGCGACAGCAACGUGUCCAGCAGCAAGAAGAGGAGGCACCGGACCACCUUCACCAGCGCGCAGCUGGAGGAGCUGGAGAAGGUGUUCCAGAAAACCCACUAUCCAGAUGUUUAUGUCAGGGAGCAGCUGGCCAUGAGGACGGAGCUGACGGAGGCCAGGGUGCAGGUGUGGUUCCAAAACAGAAGGGCGAAGUGGAGGAAAAGAGAGCGCUACGGCCAGAUCCAACAGGCCAAAAGUCACUUUGCAGCCACCUACGACCUAUCAGUGUUACCCCGGACCGACAGCUACACCCAGAUCCCCAACAACCUGUGGCCGAGCCCGGCUCCCGGCGGCUCUGUGGUGUCCUCCUGCAUGCUGCCCCGAGGCUCCCCUCCAUGCGUCACCUCUUACUCCCACUCCCCACGCGCGGCCGCCUCUGCAGCCGACCACGGCUACGUGGGCUUCCCCGGCCAGCAGAACCAGUUCGGCCACGUCUCCCUCAACAACUUCUUCAGCCCCGACUCCCUCCUCACGCCGGCCGCCAACAGCCACCCGGCCUUCGAGGCCAAGCCUGAGUUCGAGAGGCGCUCGUCCAGCAUCGCCGUGCUGCGCAUGAAGGCCAAGGAGCACACGGCCAACAUAUCCUGGGCCAUGUGAUCGGGGGGAUUCUGGAUCUGUUUGACUGCAGAGGCAGGGCGCUGAAUGUUUCCAGAGCUUGCAGUUUCCUGAAGAAGAUUGGUAUGUAAGUGUGGAAAUUAUGCCUUAACUGAUGGGUCCCUACGUCUUCCGAAGAAAGUUGAGCUCAAGCUUGGACUAAAGAAAACGGCUUCAAAUGUGCUGGAGUCAUGGUUGUUGGCAGAGGACAGAAGAGCGGUUCUGUCAUCAAAAAGCGUCCCGCAACGAGCUGACAGGACAGCUUCUAGCGGAGCCAAAGUCAAAUAUGCACUGCCUUGUAAAUCUAAGCAGACUUGAUCUUUUUCACAUUUUUUUUUUUCUGUUGCAGCCUCAUACUGAAAUAUAUUUUACCAUAAUUCUGUGCGACACAACGACACCGAGUCACACAUGAUUAUGAAGUGGAGAGAAAAAACGAUCCAGGGUUACAAAAGAAAAGAAAAACAACCCGAAAGCUUCGGCACGCAUAGGAGUUAAGCCGCGACCUCCGGUAAGAUCUGGGCUCAGGAAAGCAAUGGCAGACAUGAAGUUGGGCCGCUGGCUGUUUAUACAGGGGCACCCCUAAAAAGGAUAUUUUUAGGUUUGGCACAUUUCAUAUUAAUACAAACACACCCGUCAACUGUGUGGCACAAACAUUGCUCCAUUAGCUGAUGACAUCUACUUGUCGAUGCUCUUGAUCUCUGUCACUGUGAACAGGGAAUUCAGAGCAGCACACAUUGCAACCUGUGGCCAUUCAGAAAUAUUAUUUCCCAGUAGCCAUCACCAGGCCAGCUGGCAGCCGAUCCAGGCCCUGGUUCAUCAUAAUCUAAGAUGGAAGUAGAAGAAAAUGGAUAAUCAUGUAUUGAAAAGGUAAAUAUCAGUACAUGUUUCCAUUCAAUUGUCAUGGGAAUUUUGAGCAAACUUUUAUAAUGUCACAAAACAAAAAUGCUUAUUAGGUGUGUUUCCAUCCACUGGUUUGUAGUAAAUUAACCGGGUUAAGCAAAGCGUGAUUUCAUCAGGAGUUGGCGUUCCACAUGGCCGUAAUAAACAGGAAGUAGAGAUAACUAACUAGCGUGGAACACAGAUAAAGAAAAGGAGAGUUUUUCCGGUAUGUGUUGCUGUCGGGCAAGUGUUAAUUGUUCUGUCACAUGAACCAGUACUGGUGAUGUUACUUGCAGACCGCAGACGUUGAGAAAGAAAUUCAAUUCUAUGUGAGCUAUGGGGAUAUUUGGGAAGACACCGACAGCGGGGACAGCUGAUCAGUCAUGUGAGGUAAAUGUUCACUACGGCAACGCUUUUUUGCCAAAUGUUUUUCCAUAUCCUGUUUUGCACAUUAAUUCUUUUUUUUUUUUUUGCAAAAUUCAAAAACCACCUCAAUUGAGCAUAUAAACUUUUUUUGUGAAAUUGAGG